AACACUCAUUACAAUAAAUCGUCUCGUAACCUGAAGUUGAAGGAGUCCCCCGGUCUGAAAGUGACGACCACAACAUCCAUUUGAAGAAGAAGGAGCACGUGGUUAAGUAAGUCUUAUAAAUCUCCCUCUACAACCGGCCGCAUGCUGUUGUGCCACUGGCAACAUCAGCUCUGUGGACCGAUUUUCAGAGCAAGAAGAGAUGGAGGAACGCGUCAACGGUCUACCAUUGUAUUAAAAGGAAAUACCGAUUAUCUUUAUACUUCAACCUACUUGCCAUACUUUUGAUACAUUUUUCCCCCCGCAUUUUCUCCAUUUAUAUUGACCCAACACAUGCGUUAUAACAACUUUAAUAGGUUAUAUCUCCUCGAGAGGACAUCUUGCGAGUACCAGGACGGGUUGAUUUUUGCACUGUUGUAUGUUCUUCUGUCAAGAACCGCGAUGCAACUGCUCAGCGAAGCCCACCUUGAUCUUGAGAUAGAGAAAUCAAAGACGGACUUGUGCUGAGCGCGGUACUGGCCACAGUUGGAAAGCUCGCUGCGCUCUGAUGCGGUAGAGGUGUGCGCUAACCCACAGGCUACACGUCUGUUCUGUACAACUGGAGAUAGCGAGCUAGCUGGUUGUAGUUUGUUUUUGCUUCAAGGUUUUUGUAUUAAACUUUGAUAGGCAUUUAAUGGCCACAAUUCGGUCUUUUUCGUUCGGUCUUUUUCGUUUGGACAAUUGUAACUUUACGCGCGUUUAGUAUGUGUUUAUUGUGAAGUGAUUGGUAAUAUCAUAUUGCUACAGAUUAUUUAUUAUUUCACUUGCAUGGUUGAAUGGAUUUCCAGGUACAAUUUGAAAUACUGUGCUGAAACUGGGAUCACAAAACUACCACGUUUCCCAAUAUUUACGCCACAAUUAGUUAAUUGUGUAAGCCUAUAUAUCCAAUAUUUAGGCUUUUUUUUCAUGUUUAUAUUGCUUUCCGUUAUAUUUAAAUCAACUUUCCAAGGCCGCUUUAUCUUUUUUUUGUCAAGAUUUCAAGACGCUGCUGUAGCCUACUUUUAGAGUUCACAAUGAACUACUGCGUUUUAAGUCUUCUCCUGACCAUGGAUUUAGCCACUGUGGCCGUCAGUUUGUCUACAUGCAGUACGCUGGACAUGGAUCAGUUUAUGAAAAAGCGCAUAGAAGCCAUCCGUGGACAGAUACUGAGCAAGCUGAAGCUCACGAGCCCCCCGGAGACAUACCCCAAGCCCGAGGAGGUGUCGCGGGAUAUCGUCGCCAUCUAUAACAGCACGAGGGACCUGUUGCAGGAGAAAGCAAACGAUCGGGCGGCGACGUGUGAGCGCCAACGAAGUGAGGAGGAGUACUACGCAAAAGAGGUUCACAAAAUCGACAUGCAACCCCCCUACCCCUCUGAGAAUGUUAUCUCUCCCACGCACUACAACCCGUACUACAGACGGCUCACCUUCGACGUGACCUCCAUGGAGAAGAAUGCCUCUAACCUGGUCAAGGCUGAGCUACGCGUCUUCCGCCUCCAGAACCCCAAGGCCCGCGUGUCUGAACAGAGGAUUGAACUGUACCAGAUUUUGAGUCACAAGGACCUGGCGUCCCCGACGCAGCGCUACAUUGACAGCAAGGUGGUGCGCACGCGCACGGAGGGAGAGUGGCUGUCUUUUGACGUGACAGAGGCAGUCAGUGAAUGGUUGCUUCACAGAGACAGAAACAGUGGAUUCAAGAUCAGCUUGCACUGUCCGUGCUGUACGUUUGUGCCCUCAAACAACUACAUCAUCCCCAAUAAGAGUGAGGAGCUGGAAACCCGCUUUGCAGGUAUAGAUGACAGCUUCCACCACAGCGGAGACCUGAAGGUGUAUAGGAAGCGGCGCCACAGCGCCCAGGCUCCACACCUGCUCAUGAUGCUGCUGCCCUCCUACCGCCUGGAGUCCCAGCACAAGAGCCACCGCUCCAAACGAGCCCUGGACGCUGCCUUCUGCUCUAGAAAUGUCCAGGAUAACUGCUGCUUGCGGUCGCUCUACAUCGACUUCAAGAAGGAUCUGGGCUGGAGGUGGAUCCAUGAGCCCAAGGGCUACAAUGCUAAUUUCUGCGCCGGGGCCUGUCCCUAUCUAUGGAGCGCUGACACCCAGCAUUCCAAGGUGCUAGGCCUGUACAACACUAUCAACCCGGAGGCGUCAGCAUCGCCCUGCUGUGUGUCUCAGGAUCUGGAACCUCUCACCAUCCUCUACUACAUCGGCAAGACCCCCAAGAUAGAGCAGCUCUCCAACAUGAUCGUCAAGUCCUGCAAGUGCAGCUAGGAACUGUGCAUAUUCAGUCACACACACAUGCAUACACACGUGUAUGCACCCACCCACCCACACAUAUAAAUACACAUACUGUACAUAUACACAUACGCACAUUCAUCAACAAACACAUACUGUACAUCCACACAGUCAGUCACACUAUUACUCUCCUGCACUAUUGUACAGACAUAUUUGAUCUCCUACAAGCACAAGUGGAAAAGGUGCUGAGCAGAUCUAGGUACAGAAAACAUAUCUCCCGAAACAUCCAUGCACACACACACACACACACACACACACACACACACACACACACACACACACACACACACACACACACACACACACACACACACACACACACACACACACACACACACACACACACACACACACACACACACACACACACACACACACACACACGCAGCUGUGGCUUUUGUACAGGUGUGCCUGUGUUUUUGUGUUUAGAAAGGCCCUGUUAACAUGCCUCACCUCACACACUUGUCACACAAAGACGCAAGAGUACGGCAAACACUGGAAAAAAGUAUAAGUGUCUAUAUGUGAAAUAAUACGUCUGAGAAACAAAGACGACCCCCCCGGUUUCAACAUUCAAAGCCAUCUCCUUGAUUUUGUUUGUCUUGUUUUGCAUUCUUUUGAAACUAUUGUCAUUUUAUAUUUUGUUUAGAUUUUUGAUAAUUGUAUUGCCUAUUUAAUAUCCAGUGUUUUAUGGUUAGCACCCAACGCGUUUUCAACUCUCUCGGGAAGUGGUGGAUGAAUCCACUUCCCAAUGUCAGUUUACUAAUAUGUUAUAACAUAGUAAUGUUACAAUCGCAUCCCAUAUGCUGUUUAUAUGUGCUGUAACAGCCACUUAAGGCAGAAAGAGGCUAGGAGACUGUGAGAGAGAGACAGAGAACAAAAGAAAAUAAGCACACCUAGCAUGCCUACCUUUUCAACAGAGACUCAUCCUCACACGGGCAUACUCAUAAAAAAAAACACACAGACCCAUCCCAAACCCUGCAGCAGGCAACAUAUUCAAACUCUGCUGGAAUGAACAGUAAUGUUGAGCUCUGUUUACCUUGUGCAUUGAAUCUUGAAUGCUUUAGGAAGCCCAACAGUGAUUCCAUCAACUACACAAGGUAUGUCAUCAUAAACACACGUUUAAGAUUUCUGUGGAUAUGUUGGAUUGUUCUGAGUAGAACAGGGUUGUCCUUGUCUAUAUGAUGCAGUGGUAUGGGAAUGUGGAGGUAUAUUAGUUAGCGAAGUAUAGUAGUGGUGUAGUGACAAUUAGAGAGAAGGGAUACAAUAGGUGAGAAUGGACAGUAGAUGUGACCUGGUUCAGAGAUUGUCCAUGAACCUUCGAGACCAUUCCAUUAGGUGUGAGAUUACUUUAGGUCAGAGGUCAAAAGGUCAUAUUUACAGGUGUGCAGUAGUUGUUACAGACACCAGCGUUGUAUCUGCUCAUUUGCAUCCGAAAAGCUUUGUCUCGCCCGCCUCCCUCAAAGUGUAAAGCCAUUAUUCAGUCAUAGGUUUUUGUCCUUUGUAGGAAUAAAAAUUGUUGGAUACAAAGAAUUGCACUGACGCUAUUUUGAUUCUGUUUUUUAUUUUUGUAUUUUUUAUUAGUCGUUACUUCCCCCUUAUUAAAUGAGGAGUGUUGAUGAUGUGACUUAGAGCAGGAAGUGUAGGUGACACUACCCCGCCCCUAACCCCACCCCCCCUUUGGGCACCCGCGCCAGUGGACUUCCUGGAAAACCAGGAAGAGGAGCGAGGCACCAAUAUUGUCAUGAUAGAGCUAUUAUUUUUCAUUGUUGUUGUUUAUGAUGAUUAUGUUUUUGUUGUUGUUGACCCACUAUGAUGUAUUGUAACACAUUAUUGUUGUUGUACUCUAGUGGUAAAUAAAUUAUUUAAAUUACAAGGGAAUAAC